UGAAAAUUUUCACCUUAAACAAUUUGUGAUUUAUUUAAGUUAAUAAUCUAGAUAAAAGAGUGAAAGACGGACAUUAACAUUCGUCGGUGUGUGUGGAAUAGAAUUACUUAAAAUUUGAUAUAGCAUUUUAUCAAUUUCGCUAGUUUCUGAAGAAUUAUAUUAAUCAGAACAAUCGCCAUCAUGAAUAAUCAAAAUUGGCUACAAUUUCAGCAUGGAGGAACUCAAUAUGGGACUCCAGGAACUGCUAAUUACACUCCAGCUGCACAAAGUGGCUAUGUUGCUGCUCCAAAUUAUGGAACUACGACUCAAAGGGCAGCAACUGGAUAUGAUCAAUCUCAAUAUGCAUCGCAGACAUAUGCAACCACUGCCCAAUAUGAGUACGGUUAUGGACGACCUGCUCAAACGUAUGAUACAACAAAAACAUAUUAUCAGCAGGCAAGUGCAAGCUAUGUAAAUCCACAAUAUGAUUCUAAUGCUGCACCCAAACCGGUUACAACUUAUGCUCAACCGGCAAGAACAACGAUUCAACAGAAACCUACUCAGUAUUCGGCAACUUAUGCCAGUCCUGCAACAAGUACAUCUGCAAAACAACAAGCACCGAAUCAGCAAACUCAGCAACAAACUGCUACAACUGCAUAUUCAAGUUAUGAUACGGCAUUAUAUUCAGCAGUUAUGGCACAACAAAGUAAUAAAAGUGCAAAUACUAAUCAGCAACAAGGUGGAUGGCCUAAGAAGGGUAAUAAUUUUAAGCCUCGAAAGAGUGUCGCUCCAAAGCCACAACAAAUUCAUUAUUGUGAUGUAUGUAAGAUCAGUUGCGCUGGUCCACAAACUUAUCGUGAACAUUUAGAAGGACAAAAACAUAAGAAACGUGAAGCAUUGCAAAAAGCACAACAAGAUACUGCAACACCUGGAACUCAGCCAGCAACAACUCAACGUGGUUCCAAUCUUCGAUGUGAAUUAUGUGAUGUCACAUGCACUGGAAAUGAUGCAUAUUCUGCUCAUGUUCGUGGAUCUAAGCAUCAAAAGGUCGUUAAAUUGCAUACUAAAUUAGGAAAACCAAUUCCAUCGACAGAACCAACGCCAGUUGGAACCAGUAAGGAUAAAGAAGGAGAUGACGAAGUAAUUGGUGAUGAUGUAAAGCCUGUCGGUGAAGAAUACAUUGAAGAAAUGAAGGAUCAAGAGGGCAAAGUUACGACAUUUAAUUGCAAAUUGUGUGAUUGUAAGUUUAAUGAUCCAAAUGCAAAGGAAAUGCAUACAAAAGGAAGACGUCAUCGGCUACAAUAUAAAAAGAAAGUUCAACCAGACUUGGUUGUUGAUGUUAAGCCGACAUUACGUCAACGAAAAUUAGCAGAACGUGAAAAGCAGAGACAACAAAUGCAAGAAGAAAUUUGGAACCGACGUAAUCGAAUGGGCGAAGUAGAGAUCGACGAAGAAGAUCGAAUGUAUUGGGAGGAAAGGCGACGAUUUGAAGAAGAAAAUGGCGAAUGGAAUAGAAAUUUCCCAAUGCGUGGACGUCCACUUAUGGGAAUCCCACCAAUGUUUAAUAUGAUGAAUGGAAGGCGUGUUGAAACACAAGAUGAUCGACAUGUAAUAUCUCGUCAUGCUGAAGUUUAUCCAAAAGAAGAAGAAUUACAGACAAUCCAAAAGAUUGUUUCUCACACUGAACGAGCCCUUAAAUUGGUUAGUGAUGCUAUGACUAUUCAGGUCCAAGAAUCUGGAAAGGAGGAGAAAAUGGAAGUUCAAAAUGACACUGAAUCUACUAAAACUAAUGGAUCUAAUGAUAAGAAAGACGAUAACAAGGAGAAUGGUGGACAAAAUCAAAUGAUUACGUUCCAAAAGGAUGCUGAAGGAACCGUACGCUUGUUGAAAGGAGUAAUGAGAGUUGGACUUCUCGCUAAAGGACUGUUGUUGCAAGGAGAUAGUAAUGUCCAGUUGGUUGUAUUAUGUGCUGAAAAGCCGACUUCAGCAGUAUUGAAACGCGUUGUAUCUGAGCUUCCAGCUCAAUUGAAGAAAAUUGCUGAUGAUGCAAAAUAUACAGUUACAAUGGCACCAGUCGACGGAGCAGUUAUAGUUUCAGAUGGUGCCAUAAAUGUAAAAGUGUCACUAACAUCUCCACUAUUACGCGAACAAGCAGCUGCCGAUUCCACCACAAACAAUGAAUCCGUUUCAAAUUCAGAAGAUCUGCUGCCACGCGAACCAUGCUUACAAGCUUUACGUGCACUUCGUCAGAGUAAAUGGUUUCAGGCUAGAGCAACAGGAUUACAAUCUUGUGUCAUGAUUAUGCGAAUUUUGCGAGAUUUAUGCCAGCGAAAUCCAACAUUCACUCCUCUUAGCCAAUGGGCAAUGGAAUUGUUAACUGAAAAAGUAAUUGCAUCUGCAGGCGUUCCCUUAAGUCCUGGAGAUUGCUUACGUCGUAUUAUGGAAUGCCUAUCAAGUGGUUUCAUCAUUUGUGGCCCAGGAUUAAUGGAUCCUUGCGAAAAAGAGCCAGUCGAUGCUCUAAAUGGAUUGUCCAAACAACAACGAGAAGAUAUUACACAACAAGCACAACAAUUCUUGCGUUUCAUUGCAUUUAGACAGAUUCAUAAAGUUCUUGGUAUGGAUCCACUUCCAGUUCAGAAAUACCAAGGAAAUCGUCCAUGGAAGUUUAACACAAGCCGUAAACGACGUCGUUCAGGCACUGAACCUUCUGAAGGCGACGGUCAGAAGAUUGUCAAGAAAGACGGAGAAAGCAAUGUCUCAGAAGCAGCAGCAGAAAAGAUGAAUUAA